AGCUGCUGUGGUGUUGCUACACAGGCUUACCUCCCGCAACUCGAACUGUUCUUCAGACCUUUGAACGCAAACACAUGAUGCACAAACACACGACUGUAAAUAUGUAGUAGAAAUCCAAAUCAUCGUUAGAAGAUAAGACGAAAGACUGGGCAGUAGCUGAAGAGAGAUGAACACACCUUCUCGGCUCCGGGUGGUCCAAGCAGGGAACGGGAGGACGCUGUCUAGAGCAGAGUUUUUGUCACUUUUGAACACCUACAACUGCUUCCUAAAGGACCAGACUCAGCUGCAUCUCACCUUUUCUCAGGGGCAUAAUGGAGAGGUGACAGUAGAGGGCUUUCUGAACAUCUCCUGGGGAGUACAGGGACCAAUCAGGCUGAAAAUACAGGAUGACAAGCAGAUUAUUCCCUUUGAGCCCCCAGCUUCAGCUGAUCCCACCAGUCCAGUCAGCCCUCUGGGGAGCAAAAGUACUAUAUCACGAUGGGGAGAAUACAAUGAGCUUCACCAGAUAGAUGAGAUGGCAGAGACAGAGGCAGCACAGAAAACAGUCAUCAAAGAUCCUUUACCAGCAGACUGUGGUCCUCCUGUUUAUGAGACUGUCACUCUGCGUCCUAUGAGGCAGAGGACUCCUGAACUGGAGCCAGAAUCCAACCUGGUUCGCUGCAUGAGCGAUGCCUCGCUGGUGAAGAAAAGGAGGGGCAGGGGGAGGUCUGCAGCACAAACAGAGAAAGAAAAACAGCAUCGCUUUUCUAUCAAUGGACACUUCUAUAACUACAAAACAGCUAUAUUCACUCCAACUUUUGAUACUGCAACUAAAGUUCGCAUCUCCAGCAGGAUGACCACAGACCAAGUCAUUGAACAGCUGCUAAACAAGUUCAAGAUAGAAAAUGAUCCCCAGGAGUUUGCGCUGUACUGUGUUCACCAGAGUGGAGAAAAAAGAAAGCUGAGUCACAGAGAUUAUCCACUGUGGGAACGAAUACUGCAGGGUCCCUCUGAUAACAUAAUGAAGAUCUUCUUGAUGGACAUGCAUGAAGAAGAAAUCAGCAAUGAUGUUGCUCAAUAUCUGAACUUGGAGCUCCCCAUUUUGGAUCAGGUUCUGCUUAAACUCAGAGAGGAGGAGGACAGAGAAAUAGAAAGGGUCAUCAACAAGUAUCAACAACAACACAGACGUCUGUCUCGUAUGCUGAACUUUAAGAUGUCCCCUCACAUUGAGACCAGUGUCUAACCACUUCUGAACUCAAGUUACUGAAAGGAAGAAAGAGCAUCUUUGAGGAAUGGUGAACAAUGUAAACAUUUUCAUACAUCACCACAUCUGGUCUAUGACAAACAAUUAGAAAAAAUACAAACUAAAGAAUCACAUACAAUAAAGCACCCAAUUCCAAGCCUACAGAAGCAAUCAAAUGCAUCGCUCUUCUACAUAGGUUGAUGUUAUUUUAUUUAAACUGUGAAUUAUGCAAUUGUAAUUGUUGAUGCCAGUUUUAAUCAGAAGCCUACUGAAUAAAACAAGGGAUGAAUAUAAUCUCUUUGUUGUUACAUCUUUAAGUCACAUGGGGAAAGACAUGUGACAAUGGAUUAUUACUAGUAUAUACAUUACAUACCACUAACUGUAAAUUUAUAAUUAAAUUCAUAAUUAAAUUGAUUAGUAUCUAAAAAAAGGUCUGCAUGGAAUUUGACAAGUUUCAUAUCUCUGUUAUUGUAAUACAUUUUAUUUAAAGCGCCUUUCAAACACUAUUUCACACCGAUAUGAAAUAUAUGAUGCAUUACAUGUAAGCCUAUAAUUUGUUUCAGGGGUCAAACUGUAAAACAAGUUGAAUAAAGUAAAUGCUGAAGUUGCCGAAUUUAGUUAGGUAAAAUGUGAGUUUAAGAUUGUAACAUAUCAAGCUUCACAGAUCUGUGUGUAUUUUAUCAUAAUAAAAACAUCUGUUGAUUUUU